AUGCCAGUUGGACUGUUCUCCAUUUUAAUUCGUUGUAAAUCAAUUCCGACUCGAUUCUUCAAGGAUUACGGAGGUGUUGUGUCCUCGACUUCCUCCACCCCCGAAGAGUGGCUGUACCAAAGAGAAAUUGACUCCAAAAUAAAAAGUGUUGGUCCCCAAGUUCAUUUCCCGCAGGAAUUCAGUUCCUGUUCUCAACCACUCUACGACGCCUCAAUGUACUACUUCUCCAAUGGCGGGAAAAGAAUCCGCCCAAAACUGACCUGCCUUGUGUCCGCAAUCCUCAACUCCCACGGCGGCACAUCAAAGCACCCAUCACCACCCAAACUCGAAUCAAUCAAUGAACAUCAAAGCAGUAUUGCCGCCAUCGCCGAAAUGAUCCACGCGGCCUCCCUCACCCACGAUGACGUCAUCGACUCGAGUCAGAUUCGUCGGAAUAUGCUUUCCCUGCCUCAGAAAAAGUCAGUCCUGGUGGGGAACUUUAUUCUGUCCCGUGCUUCCAUGGUCCUGGGCAGAAUAGGGCGGCCGGAGGUGACCUGUCUGCUCGCACAGGUCAUUGAGGAUCUCGUGAGAGGUUGGUUUGUCUGGUAGACCUUGGAAGGGGAGUUGAGUCAGAUUGGGAAGGAGAGUGACGACUUGGACACACUGAUGGAGGACUACAUGCAGACAAUCUACAAAAAGACAGCCUCUUUGUUCGCUAAUAGUUUUAAAGCUCCAUAG